AUGUCGAUCGAAACAGGCCGCGAUGGUGGAGAGGAAGUGGUGGCUGAGACGAAACCGGUCACGCGAUUUACACGAUGGUAUCGAAGUCCACUGUUCAAUGUCAUCGUCGUGGGGUUGAUAUCAUUCACCCAGCCCGGUAUCUGGAAUGCACUGAACAACACUGGUGCUGGAGGCCAGCAAGAACCAUAUUUAGUCAACGGCUCAAAUUCGUUGACCUUCGGCAUCAUGGUCUUUGGCUGCCCCCUAUUUUCCGUCCUCGCCAACAAGUUCGGCCUGAGAAAAAUUCUUAUCAUCGGCACAUUGGGAUACGCACCCUACUCUGCAUCACUCUACGUGAACAAUCGCUACGGCGUUGAGUGGUUCGUGCUCUUCGGCGGCGUGACUUGCGGCAUUGCCGCCUCAGCACUGUGGGCCUCAGAGGGCGCAAUCGCAUUGGGCUAUGGCGACAUCAAAGACCGGGGCAAGUUCACGGGAAUAUGGCUAGGUCUUCGCGAGCUGGGCCAGCUCAUCGGCUCAUCGAUCCAGCUCUCGCUGAACGUCAAAAACGGCCAGAGAGGAAAAGUCGGUUACUCAACAUAUCUGGUUCUCAUUUCUCUGCAAUGCCUGGGCCUGCCCUUAGCAUUGCUAAUCUCCACCCCUGAGAAGCUGAUUCGUCGGGACGGGCGCAAGACUCUGGACCCGACGAAGGACAAAGCCGUGCUGGUUGAGGCCAAGAAGCUCUGGGGCCUACUGAAGACAAAACAGUUCCUCUUGCUCAUCCCUAUUCUCAUAGGGUUUAACUGGAAUAGUACAUACCAGGGCAUCUACUUGACCAAGUACUUUUCGGUCCGGGCCAGGACGUUGGGGGCGCUGUCGUCAGGUCUUGCGGCCACCGCCGCUAACGUGUUCUGGGGCUGGUUCUACGAUCUCAAGAUCUGGAGUCGGCCAGUUCUGGCGAAGAUAACCUGGUUGUUCUUUGCUGUUUUCAUGUUGGGGUUGUUUGGUUGGCAGGUGUCGAACGAGAAAUUGUACGAGGAGACUGUGCCCAAGAUUACUAUUGAUUGGGCCAGUCCGGAGUUUGGGAGAGCGUUCGCGGUGAAUGUGCUGUUCAGAUUCAUGAACGAGUCGCACUACAUGUUCGUCUACUGGAUGAUCGGGGCCUUCUUUAACGAUCUAGAAACAUUGACCCUGGCUAUCGGACUGCUCCGGUCAUUUGAGUCGAUCGGUUCGUGCAUAUCGUUUGGCGUUGGUGCGGCUCAGGUCUCACCUAUGGUGAAUUUGGUCAUUGCAUUUGCUAUGUUCGGCAUUACCAUUCCCGCAACCACAGCAGUGGUUUACAUGGUACCAGAGAAUCCAGCCAAUGCUGUCAAGUCAUCAGCAAGUGGCUCUGACUCGGCAAAUAACGAGACCCGUGUGGAUCCUGCUGCUGUGACCAAGAUUGUCAGUGCACUCGAUGGAACGAAAAGUAUUUAA